AAUAAAUAAAAUAAAAAAAUCUUGAUUCAUUUCUCACCCAGUUGCGUGUGUACAGAUGCAGCAGGCAAAGACGAGCAAGAGCAACUAGGAACUCCAUCGUCCUCUUCUUCGCCGGCGCCCGCCCCCGCCGCCGCACCGCCGAACCCUCUAUCAACUUCCUUCCCUCCUCCUCGUCGUCGUCGCCCUCCUCCUGCCCCGCUCUACUGGUAUUGGAUUGCCGCGGAGUGGAGAAUUCAUCCGGACGCGGGAUUGAGUGAGUCCUUUUGCUAUUAGUAGCGAAUUCCUCUCCAGCGCGGCCCACGCUGAGUUAAUCCGCCUCUGAGGAAGAGGGUAUGGCGGGGUUUGGAUGGAGAGUUGGUUCUAAGGUGCAGAGAUGGGGUCGGAGCUGUCUCCGGGGCCUCUCUUCUGCUGCAACUGCAAUUCCGUCUCAGCUGGAGAAUGUUGGAUUCAUAGGACUCGGAAAUAUGGGCUCCCAUAUGGCAAGAAACCUGGCCAUGGCUGGAUAUAAAGUGACUGUUCAUGAUAUCAAUGAGAAUGCCAUGAAGAAAUUCUCGGAAGAUGGAAUCCCCACAAAACAAUCUCCACACGAAUUGUCAGAGUCGAGUGAUGUCAUAAUUACCAUGCUUCCUUCCUCUUCCCAUGUUUUAGAGGUGUACAAUGGACCGAAUGGCUUGCUUGGUAGUGGGGGCCGGCUUGGACCAUGGCUGUACAUAGAUUCAUCUACAGUUGAUCCACAAACAUCAAGGAAGAUAUCUAUGGACAUCUCAAGAUGCCAUUUAAAAGAAAAUAAAGGCUAUGCUGAAAAGCCUAUGAUUCUGGAUGCUCCUGUGUCUGGAGGUGUUCCUGCUGCAGAAGCUGGGAAGCUAACCUUCAUGGUUGGUGGUCCAGAGGAGGCAUAUAUAGCAGCCAAGCCCCUAUUUUUCUCAAUGGGGAAAAAUGCAAUUUACUGUGGCGGGGCUGGAAAUGGCUCGGCUGCAAAGAUCUGUAACAACAUGGCAAUGGCUAUCAGCAUGCUUGGGGUCUCUGAGGCCUUUGCUCUUGGUCAGAAUCUUGGGAUCAAAGCAGGCACUCUUACAGAUAUAUUCAAUUGCUCAAGUGCCCGCUGCUGGAGUAGCGACACGUAUAACCCAGUACCUGGAGUUAUGGCGGGUGUGCCAUCAUCGAGGAACUAUGAUGGCGGUUUCACAUCCAAACUAAUGGCUAAAGAUUUGGAUUUGGCGAUGGUCUCUGCAUCUGGAGUUGGCUUUAAAUGCCUCAUGGGCUCUGAAGCACUUGAAAUUUUCCGAAAGUUAUGCGAGGAUGGCUGCCAAUUCAAAGACUUCUCGUGCGCAUUCCGCCAUUACUAUGCUGGCAAGGACGAAAAAUGACAGUGUAGCUGUGUCAGCUAACAUGCCGCCUGUUAAAAGAUAAAUAAAGUAAUAAAGCUAAUGGAUUCAUUUGAGUGUAAACAGCACCGAGACAAGGCUGGAGUCACCUUUGUGAAGUUAGUUUUGCUUCUCGGCAAUAAACUGUGAACUCGAGUUCAUUAGCCAAGAGCUACCCAUUUUUUCAGCAGUUUAUUUUCCUGUUGUAUGCUCA